AUGGACAGCAUUCGUGCGAAGAUCAAGCGUCGUCUCAGUCACAAAGACAAGGAAGCAGCCAACUUUGACGAACACGACUCAGCUGAUGAAGAGACUGUGGACUACGUGAACAAGGAAGCCGAGGAUGCUGAGAGGGAGAACCAGGAUUACGGAAAGCCAGGGAGCUUUCUGAACCGAUUGAUUCUGCACGGCAACAAGAAGACAGAAGACCAGCUUGCCCGCGAGGCGGCUGCUUCGAGCCAGAUGACAACUGAUAGACAGGUGACUCAGCAAUAG